AUGUUAACUACAGCUCAACCACCAUCAUUAUAUAGCCACAACUACAACAACUACAACACUUCAACACCAUUAAUGAAUAAUACAACAACCAGAUCUUCCUUGAUGCAAUAUUCACUUCAGCCACAUUCUCAGCAAGUACAGCCACUUGUGGUACAAAAACACCCACAACCUACCAGCCCCUUGCACUCACCUAGUCCAACAGUGGUACCCAGCUCCAACAAUUUACCUCAUUCAUCAGUCAUAUUGCCAUCGAUCCACUCACUAAAUAUACCAACAUUCCCCCAUAGUAAAGAAGAAGUACAUGUCAACCGUUCGUCAAAUAUCAGAUCACCACCUUUAUUGAUCCCUAAUGCCGACAACAUAACUGAAUCUACACGCGCCUCGUCGUGCUAUAGCUAUUCAAGUGACACGCCUUCAGUAGCACCACCUUCAAAUCAACCAACUACAUCUACUUCUACUGCUACUGCUACAUUUAACUAUACUCAUGCACCAGUGAUAGCAUCUCCAUAUGUUCCCACAGUUGCGCCACUUAAACACCAAGAACUGCCAGCAUCUCCAGCAUCUUUGCCAUCUUCUGACCAUGAAGAGUUUGCUGACCACGAAUCAUCAGCAUCAUUAUCACCCACACAAUCGAAAAAGAAUUGGAAACCUCGUAAAAAGAGACAAUGUCCCGAGUGUAAAUUGUAUUUCUCCAAUUUGGCUACUCACAAGUCAACUCAUUUAAAACCAACCAACCGUCCCCACAUUUGUGAGUAUUGUCAACGUGGAUUUGCUAGACCUAAUGACUUAUUCCGUCACACCAAAUGUCAUUGGAAAGAAAUUGGCUCAGACAAAGGCCAAUUCAAAUGUCCUUUUAAAAACAUUUCAUUGUCUUCAUCCGCCACAACAUCUCCUAAUGAAGAUAGCACAGUGUCAACUGCUUCUGCAAAUGACAAUUGUUGCCAUAGCACGGGAAUCUUUUCGCGUUGUGACACAUUUAAGAAUCACUUGAAGGCCAUUCAUUUCCAAUACCCCUACGGAACCAAAAAGGACCAAAGAAACAAAGUUGCUGGUAAAUGUCGCAUGUGCUUUAAAGAGUUUGAAAAUGUUGAUGAUUGGAUACAUAAUCAUAUCGAAACUGAUUCAUGUCCAUACGCACUUAAUAAAAUGAAGAGAGAUUAA